UCUAUUUCACUCAAUAGUCAAUUUUAUGUAGAAAGAAUCUUUGAAUUGUAAUAUUGUUUAUUUGUAAUAUAAAAAAGGAAUUACCUACUAACUGUAUAAUAAAGUAAUUAUUGUUUCAGUGGAUAUCGAGUUCAGAAUCUUUCGAUCCUCGACUCCUAGGGAUUAGGUUACAGCAUGUCGUCGUUUCAAGAUCGACAAAAGAGUUUAUUUAACCACCUGAAAGAUGCAGAGGAGCAAUACAGUUUUUCCAAGUCAAAUAAAGUUACAGAGCAACCCGAUUAUGGUGUUAUCGACAAACGAACCUAUAGGAAAAUAAAGCGUGAAAUGAAACAGUUUCGUGGUAGAGAAAGUAUUUAUAAAAGACAAGAUGCGAAUCUUCGGGAAUGCCUACGCGCCAGAUCGUCUCCAGACCAUAUGAGGAAUCCACAAAAGUGGCAAUAUUAUUCAUUAUCAGAUGUUACGCCAGAACAAAUGUCUGAUAAAACUAAUACAGAAACUGCUUUGGCUUUUAUGCGUGAAAUGGAGGAAAGGGAAUCCAAAGAUAACGAAGUUGUCGAUGAGACAGGUGCAGUUUUCAAGAAACCAACAUUUAAUAUCUCUAAAACGAUUAAAAAGUUACCUGAGGAACAGAAGCAACCUCUAUUCAAGUGCAAUAAAAUAAUUAUGCCAGAGUAUGUAGUAGGAAUGAGUAAGAAAAAGGUUAAUAAACUUCCAAUAAGGACCAAGAAAGAAAAGGAUGAUGAAGAAAACAAAAAAGCAGAGUUAAAAUUGAACCAUUUGUAUGAAAAUGAUGAUGAGGAUGACUAUAGCAAUAAUUGUACUUAAUAAACUGAACUUGUAGAAA